AUGAGCGACGAUUUUGAGGAACUGGGACCACGCAGCAUGUUGCCCAAUCCGCGACGACUCAAGUAUGCCGUCGAUGGCGAGGUGCCUGAGAUCCUCUAUACCCUUAACCACGUUUCCUACAAUAGGCGCUUCCUUGGGCGCUCGCGAAGCUCUAAGCCAUUCGAAAACGUGACCACCUACGAAAUCAAGCACGAUGAAACCGACGAGGGUGGUGAACUUGUCAAGAAGCCAAUCUUCGAGAUUGUUACCAAUGUGUGCAUUGAGGGCAGGCCUGAUGACAACAGGCACAUAGUUCGUCCUCGUCGAACAAAUCCUCAGAUGGAUCGACCCAUCACUGCGGCCUUUGACAACGUCGAUUAUCGAAGCGAUGGCUAUUAUACUGAGGAAGAGCAGUAUUAUGACCCGCCCGGGAUCCCCCAAGCAGAAUGCCCCCACAUGGUUAUCUAUUCCGAUCAUCUCAUCAAUGCUCUUAGAGCUGUCAUCCAAUAUUACCCAAACAUGAGCCUUAAUGGCAAGACGGUUCAGAUCAGCGCACCCUAUCGUGUGCUGUAUCAUCAUCGCCAUAAGCUCUCCGAAUAUCGCGAGAAUCAGCCUGCUGAGCAUAGCCCUGAGUAUAUUGAGACGACAAACCACCACAUUGAUGUUCUUCUCAAGUUCCUUGAUGAGAACUUCAGUGAUGAGAUUACCAAAGAAGAGGAACGACACAAGCUUGAGACUCCUACGGCCACAUUUGAAUAUUUCUGGCUACUUCUUAAGCCGGGCGAGGUCAUCUACACCAAGAAAUACGACAUUUGGACGCCAUUGGUGAUCAGCAAUGUCAGCAUUGGGAACCGUUCCCAUGGUAACCUCGAUAACUAUAGAAUCAGCUGCUGGCUGCUGGAAUCCAACGGUGUCAAGGUCAGUCGAUUUAUGGAGAGCUACAUUGUCAGUCCAUGGCUAGGGGAGCAAGCUAUAAGCUCCUUGUCCGUUAUUCCGGAGGCUUUUUGGAAAGAAGACCUUGAUAGCCAGAACGGCAUCACAAUGCGCGAAAAGAUGGUCUCGGAAGGCAAGCUAUACUGGGACCUUCUGAAGAGACCUACCUACAUGGAGUAUGAUGGCCUGCUAGUCAACUCUGGCUCUGGUAGUAGACUCCCUGGUGGCCCUACUGGUUUCAUGAAUGGCCGCGUCAUUUGUGAUGCCUCUGGUUUCGACAAGUACUUUGAGUCGGCCCCGGAUUGGGACGGAAGGCGAUAUCCUCACCCACAUCGCCGCCGUGUGACUCAGGGUAUUCCCAACAAAGACUUCCUUCCUCAGAGCCUCCCAAGAUGCGGCUGCGCUGUUUGUGCCCAAGACCGUUCUAGGGACAAUGAUGGCCCAUAUGUUGGAUUCGAAGAUCUUGAUCCUCUAUGCGACACUCCUCCCGACAACGAUCUUUUCUUCUACGUUCUCAGUAAGACGAUUCCAGGAUUUAUCCUUGGUACUCGCCGUUGGGGAAAUCUUCAUGUUGCCAACCUCAGCCCUGUCAAGGCUGACAAGGAGGCUUUCAAGUAUCUCGUCUUGGACGAUGACAUCAAGAUGACUGUGAGGGCCCUCAUCGGCCAAUACACUACCGGCGUUGAUGGCCAAGUCGCUCCUUGGGGCAACGAUUUCAUCCGCAACAAGGGUGAGGGACGCAUCUUCCUGCUUCAUGGUGCGCCAGGUGUUGGCAAGACGUGCACGGCUGAGUGUAUUGCCGAGUUGACCAACCGUCCGCUCAUUUCUCUCACGAGCGGCGAUCUAAGUGUCGACUCGUUCCGUGUCGAGUCCAGCCUCAAUUACUUCCUUGAGCUGGGUCAACGCUACGGCGCUCUUGUUCUGCUUGAUGAGGCCGACGUGUAUCUCGAGCGCCGCCGGGCGAGAAACAUUUCCCGCAACGGCCUCGUUUCUGUCUUCCUCCGCGCCUUGGAGUACUACCGCGGUGUCCUCUUCCUCACUACCAACCGUGUCCGCUCCUUUGACACUGCCUUCCUCAGCCGUAUCCAUGUUGCGCUGCACUACAAGAACCUUGGUGAUGAGGAACGCGAGCGCAUCUGGACUCACAACUUUGACCGUUUGGAUCGCGAUUCUUGCGGCAAGAUUCGCGUCGCCAUCGCGGCCCGCGAGUUCGUCUGGUCGAGCCAGGAGGUUCGCGCGCUUAAGUGGAAUGGGCGAGAGAUUCGCAACGCCAUGCAGACGGCCUUGGCGUUGGCCGAGAGCGAUUCCAACGAGGAAGGACUGCAGACGAUCACUAUCGGUGAGAAGCAUAUUCGCGCCGUGGUCAAGAUGAGCAAGGGCUUUAAGGACUACAUCAAGUCAGUGGGGCCCCUGGACUCUGAUGAUGUUGAAUACGAUGGAGAUGGUGAUGACGAGCCUUUCUAUGAGUGA